AAAUAUUUAAUUAAUACAAUAAAAUAUUUUAAGCACUAUGUGUUUAUUUUCUUAUUUGUUAUCAUCUCAAGUGUUCAAUUAGAUAAAGCCCUAUCAUAAUCCCUCUAUUAAUCAAAUAGUGACAUAACCUCACUUAUGUGAUACAUUAUCAGAAAAUGCAUUAUAAAUGUUUUCUAAUUUGCUGAUGAAACUAAACGAAACGAAAAAAUGGCCGCAAGACAACUUUUAUUAAUAUCUUCAUCUCAAGUGCACGGUUAUGAAUACCUUCAAUGUGCAGAAAAUGAUAUCAAUAAUCUCUUAAGAAAAAAUAAUGUAUCAUCCGUAUUAUUCAUUCCCUAUGCCUUAAAAGAUCAUGAUAAAUACUUGAAAAUGGUAAAAAAUCCUUUUUUAAAAUGGGGCUACCAGGUAGAUGGAAUUCACAAUAGAGAAAAUCCUGUUGAAGCUGUACAAACAGCUGAAGCUAUAUUUAUCGGAGGCGGGAAUACAUUCAGAUUAUUAAAAGCUCUUUAUGAUAAUAAUUUGAUUGAUAUCAUUCGUAAAAGAGUCUUCGAACAAGGAAUUCCUUACAUUGGUAGCAGCGCAGGGACAAAUGUGGCUACAAAAAGCAUACACACUACAAAUGAUAUGCCCAUUGUUUUCCCUCCAACUUUCGAUGCAUUAAAAUUGGUCCCUUUUAACAUCAACCCUCAUUAUAUGGAUCAUGACGAAAAAAGUACUCAUAAAGGUGAAACGAGGGAGGAAAGAAUAUUACAGUAUUUAGAGGAACCACAUGCCGCACCUGUUUUAGGGCUAAGAGAAGGAAAUUCUUUGUUGGUCGAAGGCAAUAACGCCAUUUUAAAAGGGGUUACACGAGCAAGAUUAUUUAUGCCGGGAAAUGAGGCGAAAGAAAUCAGUCCUGAAGCUGAUUUAAGCUUUUUAAUGAAUUUGAAUUAUUAAACAUCUAUGUUAUUGUAUAUAAAUCAAUAAAAUUGUUCUAUUAU